AGAGCCCCGCAGCCAAUCAGGCCGCUCUCGUAGGCAGCCAACGCGAGGCUGAGCCGCGCCGAGCCCCGCGUCGUGCCCUGCGCUCCGCUCCUGUCCACACUACCGCGAACAAUACAGAGUCAAGAUGGCUAAAGGUGAUCCGAAGAAGCCCAAGGGCAAGAUGUCUGCCUAUGCCUUCUUUGUGCAGACGUGCCGUGAGGAACAUAAGAAAAAGAACCCAGAGGUUCCAGUCAACUUUGCAGAGUUUUCCAAGAAGUGCUCAGAGAGGUGGAAGACUAUGUCAAGCAAGGAAAAGGCUAAAUUUGAUGAAAUGGCAAAGGCUGAUAAGGUACGAUAUGAUAGAGAAAUGAAGGACUAUGGACCAGCUAAGGGUGGCAAGAAGAAGAAGGACCCCAAUGCCCCUAAACGACCACCGUCUGGCUUCUUCCUCUUCUGUUCAGAGUUUCGCCCCAAGAUCAAGUCCACAAACCCUGGCAUAUCUAUUGGGGACGUAGCGAAGAAACUGGGUGAAAUGUGGAACAACCUCAGUGAUGGUGAAAAGCAGCCUUACAAUAAUAAGGCAGCUAAACUGAAGGAGAAGUAUGAGAAGGAUGUUGCAGACUACAAGUCUAAAGGAAAGUUUGAUGGCGCAAAGGGAGCAGCGACCAAAGCUGCUCGGAAAAAGGUAGAGGAAGAAGACGAAGAGGAGGAGGAGGAUGAAGAAGAGGAGGAUGAAGAUGAUGAUGAUGAAUAAAACUGUACAAUACUUGUCUCCAUGUGAAUACCAUAGAGUAGGGGAAACACCAUAAAUGAAGCACCUCUUAUUUGAGAUGGUGUCUCUUGCCCUUAUUAGGCUUAAUUAAAAAAAAAUUGGAUUCCGAUCGCGUUGUAGUUUCUAAAAGUGCUCUAGAAAUUGUAACUGGUUUACAUGAAGUGGCCAUGGGUGUAGUGAGCACCCUGAAACUGUAUCAAAGUUGUACAUAUUUCCAAACAUUUUUAAAAUGAAAAGGCGCUCUAGUGUUCUCCUAACUCUGUGCACUUUGCUGUUGGUGUAACAAAGCAUUUAAAAAUGUUUCAAGCAUUUUUUUAAUUUGUAAGGUGGUGUUACUAUAUGGUUAUUGGCUAGAAAAUCCUGGGUUAUAAACUGUACAUAUCUAUAGUUUGUAAAAACUAGACAGAUUCUUGUGGUACAUGCUUAGAGUGAUGAUGCCUUAGAGGAGCAGUGAUGACUUGGAGAGGCUGUUUGUUCCCCGGGGUGCCAUGGCCCAAAGCAUGCACUGUGAGGGUAGAUCUAUUUACACUACAGUGGGCGUCCAUUUAGCUUAAAGUUGUCUUUCUGUAUAUAGUGAAAUAGCAUUCUGCUGCCAUUCUUAGUUGUGGAAGGGGGUUCAGCUGGCAUGAGAAGUGUAUGGGUUUUUUUAGUUAAGUGCGGUAGUUUUUAAACUGAAACUGUAGACAUCUCUUCAUCGUCAACUAAGUGAAGAGCCAGUGCAGCAACUGAAGUUCAAAAACACUCUGUACUUAAACAAAUUUGCAACGUUCUGUUUUUUUUGUAUGUUUAGAAUGCUGAAAUGUUUUUGAAGCAAAAUAAACAGUAUUACAUUUUUAAAA